AUGGCGUGGACGAAUCGGUUGUUUGUCGUAGUCGGUGUAAUCCUCGUGGGCAGCGUCCACGGGGCCGAGCCUCAGCGCUGGAAUUCCAAUUCAAUAGUGACGCCGAGUCUCGCUCCGAUAAUCGUAUCCAACAACGCGUUCACCUAUGCCGAGCUCAAGCCAGCCGACGAGAGCCAUCACGAUGCCAAAUUGUACAGCAAAAUCGUCGAUUAUUACGGGGGCGAGGAGGGCCAAGCCACCGCCGCCGCCACCGACUGCGACUACCUGGCCAUGUUAACAGGUGACGAAUUUCUCAUCAAUACGAAUAUCAAGCUGACGUCGAGCCCGAAAUUUCACGUGAUGACGUGGUUUGCUGCGAGCAUGAGCCAACGCAACGUUUCGCUUCGGCUGGCCGUGAUCGAGCGGCGUAGCCCGCAGUGCUCGUCGAUUAGCUUGAGCGUGCCGUUCGAGGGCGAUUUCGCGCAUCGAUUCGAGUCCUUCAACAGCUCCGUGGUGGCCCUGCACGACGACACCUUCGACGUCCUCGUGCCCUGCCAGCGAACUCAGCUCUGCAGAAUCAGCUACGAUCCAGUGAGCAAGAGCCUCGGCGAGUCGAGGCCUUUCCUCGAAGAAGCUCUUCAGUUCGACACCGACGACUGCCUACUGAUCUCGCUGACCAGUCACGCUCGCUCGCACGGCUACUUUUUCAUCGCUCGUCGUGGAAAUGUUUACAACUUGGCUUACGUGAACGACGCCGAGAUCGUUAGCAAAAACAUCGAACUUCCGAAGGAUGCCCUGCUAGCCACAUCGACCGCCAACGGAUUGUUGGGCCUCUGCUACGCCACCGACGAGUCCAAUCGAUUCUUCAGAUGCCUGCAAGUGGAUAAAAAUUUGAACGGCCUCUCGGACGUGACGCUAAACUUCGACAACGCUUACGUGCGGAGCAUCGCCAUGGUGAACGAUCGAAAGGCGGGAUCGUCCAAGGUCGUCGCUCGGAGCGCCACCGCCGACUUCUACUCGAUCGACGUAGACGCCAGUGACGUCGGUUCGGUUGAAAAAAUCGAAGGCGUGGACUGCGAAAACGUUACGAACGUCGAUUUACUGCAAAGCGACGAUGGAAUAUUUUUGAGAAACUCUUGCAACGAGCCUAACCCAGUACUCGAUGUUAUUGUCAAUGUUCUGCAAACAACCGCAGCCGCAGACGAAAGCGCGAACACGAUGUUGAAAACAGUAUCGGUGACUCUGCUGUUACUGCAUGUCUGCCGAUCGGCCGAACUACCCAAGGCUGCAUCGGACAGCUACAUGGGUCUGGAAAAUUUUUCCCUCCUAUCGAGCGAUCGGCCGACCUUUCUGACUUUUCGCUUGAGCGAGGAUCCGAAAUACAAGCUCGAGGCUAUCAUCGAGAGAUGGGCCGGCAGCGGCGACGGAAGCAAAAAAACUUGCUACGUACCGAUGCUCGUCGAGCAAGAGAAAUCCCGAAUCGUGCAGCUCAACUCGAUGCUCGACAGCCAGUGGGAGAUUUUGCGAAUGGUCAGAAGGUUUCAAGACCCGAUGAAAAAUCAGCUCGACAUGUACAUCGUGAACAUGGCCGACUGCACGUGGAAGAGGUGGGAGAUGCUCAAGGGCCUAGAGUAUUCUAAGAACGGCAUCUCGUACAUCAACAUUCGACCUGGCCGCAAAGACUGGUUCGACAUCAUCUUCCUGAACGCGGAAAAGGAGUGCGGCGGCUCGUUCGCCUGCAAGCGCACCUACAACUUGCUCGAGGGCAAGCUCGGCGAGCCCAUGAAGUUCAUGCUCUGGAAUCAACGCAAAGAGUGGGAGCUGUACUUCCCCGAAUAUCUCGAUGCUAAGGACGAGAUGUUCUUCGUCAUGGGCAAGGACGAGAACGCCAAGACUCAACUGAUCUCUACGAACGCCAGGGGCGAGCUCAUCAAAUCCAUCAAUGCCGACUUUUCGCCGGCCGACGUUUCGCUGACUAGCUUCCGAUACACGAGGAACUCUGCAGCUGCCGGAAACUUUGGCCGAUGCGGCAUCUUCGAGAACGAUCCGCAAAGAAUCAUGUGCACGCAGUGGGACAAGAAUCUGGAGCUGCGCUUCUCCUCGAGCUUCCGACUGAAUUACGAGCCCGACUGGUUCGAGAUCCGCAACUGCCCGAUGGGUGGCUUCGCACUCAUGACGCUGCGCGGACGCGACUUCGAGCUCUACAAAUUCGCCGGUGACAAGAAGGACGGCGGCGAGAAACUCAUGUCCAGCUGGAGGGACGACAGUUGCGCGUUCAAGAAGCGACCGCGAUUCAUGUUCUUCGAGGAGAUGGGCAAGAAAUGCGCCUUCUGGACUUGUGAUAUGUUGAGAGAGGACAACAAGGGCUACGACUGGACCAUGAAGAGCAAGUGCUUCGAGCUCUAG